AUGAUUAGACUUUGGCAUGAUGGUAAUAUUCAUAAUCCACCAGGAGGUGCCUCUACAAUUUUUAAAGAAGGGUACGCCAACUACAUUUUUAAAUAUAUUCCUAAAAAUGAUGUAAGAAUAAGUGUGGGUGCAGUGCCGAAUAGUCCACCUCACUUUGGUACCAUAAUUACCUUCUCACUUGCUUUUUCUCUUGCUCAACGAUUAGAAAAACUUGGUAAAAUUGUGACAGUUAUGGCUGGAAUGGUGGACACAAUAGCUUUAUACACAGAUAUAUAUAAUUUUAAUGAUAUUGAAUACCAAAAAAGCAUUGCUUAUACUGGAGUAAUUCAUAAUUACAUGGAUGAUUUCAAAGAAUUACUAGAUAAAAUGAGUUCUUACUUCGGUGGUGUGAAAUAUAAACUGGUGAAUCAAAGUGAAUUAAAUUUACACAGGAAAGCUCCGGAAAUAAUUAUGAAAUUAAUAAGUGAGCGAGAAAAAAUUGGACAAUCAUUAUUUCCCUCAACUAAGUGUCUCGCAUUAAGGAUGGCUUGUCCUCAAUGUGGUUUGGCAGACAAACAUGGAAUAAAAAAUUGUUAUAAUGGAAAUAUGAUUAGUUUUUUUUGUCCUAAUCAUGGCUGGCAUUCAAUUGAUAUAGAAAAAGACGAUUUGCAAACAUUGCAGUAUGAAACUCAAUUAAGAAGUUUAGUGAGAG